AUGGCGAUAUCCAAUAAUUUGCAACAACAUGUGAAGUGGAUGAAUGAAACGAGGCCUCAGCUACCUAAUCCUCAAUUCAUGGAUAUUUUCCUAGAUCCAACCGUAAUAGAUCAUCAGAAUCGGCGGCAAAUUCCUCAAUCAUCAUCAUUUUUGGCCCCUCCACCGCCACCUCGUAGUCUACCAGUGACACACACUAUCCCUAGCAAUGGGAGUCCAGUAAUUCAGUCCACACCAAUAACAAGAGACUUUACUACUCCAAGAUCGGGUCCACCCAUAAUAUCAACGUCAUUAGUGCCGUCCACGGUGCCUCCCACAUCAAAGAUAAGUUCAACCACCACUGUUCCAUCUAAAGUGACUCUAUCUUUAAGUCUGAAUCUGACAAUCCAAAGUAAUACCUCCACUACAUCGCUGGACUUUGUAGAUCUUACUUAUGACAAACCUGCGCCACUUAAAAGAACAGAUAAUCAAUCUAUUACCCCCAAUGUCAAACGUCAAAAGACUUCACAAUCUCUGUUGACAAAUGAACAAUUACAACAACAAUACAUCAAUGUAUGUGAAACUAUGAUAAAUCUUCUUAUGGAAAGGUUUUCCACCACUGAAUCAACUUCAAAAUCCAUUGAUUAUAAAAAGGAAUACAUAAAAAACAAAUUCGCUCCUGCUUUCCAAAAGAUACAAGAAAGGAAAGCGGUGUUGAAAAAAUCCUUACCUAUUAUAGAUGGGAUUCCGGCAAUUAUAGAAAAUGACCCUAGUGUUUCUUUCAAUUAUAGCCAGUUGCCAGAUAUAGAUUCGGAUAAGAUAUCCGGUACUUCUACACAAGAUCUAGAACCUACAAUAAUUCAACCACCACAAAAUUAUAAUCAUGUUCCUGAUAAUGAUAUUUCAGAGAAUACAUACGAAAAGAUUAACUUUUCCUCUCAAUUUACAGAUGCUGAUGGAGAACAUCGUAGAGAUCAACAACGGAAUUUAAAUGAUGCUAGACAGUAUGUAUUGGAACAACGAAGACAACCAGUUGUGGUCAAUGCAGGGAAUAUUAGUGAAUCGGAUCCAGAGGAUGAAUUUGGAGAAGGUGAUAUGGAAGGGUUACAUACUCCUCCACAUGAAAGAGAUGUCGAAGACAAUGGCAGUGAUUUGGCCAGUUUCAUCGAACAUGAUGGGAAAUCCAGUCAAGCGCAUGGAGAGUUUUCAAUGUCACAAGAUCGAACUUAUAGAGAUGAUGACGAUGAAGAAGAUGAUGAAGAUGAUGAUGAGGUCAACAAUAGUGACGUUGAGUUUACUCAAAGGAAUGAAAUUGAGGAAAUUAGACUAUCCUCGGAUGUUGCAGAUAAUUUUGGGAUCACAUAUGAUGAUGAACCUGUACUUAUCGCAUCUGAAGGUGAUGAUUUAGGUGAUAGUGAAGAUGAAAAUAAUAAUAAUAAUAAUAUCAAUCAAAAUGUUAAUGACGAAGAAGUGGAUGAUGAUUUUGAUGAGAUAGAAGAGGUUGACUUCACAACACAAUUGAAUGAAGAAAGAGAAUUAACCAAUAAUGUGGACAUCAUUGUAAUUUCAGAAGAUGAAGAAGAUUUUGAUGUAACUCCACGACCAUCAAGACCAAUUCUUUCUGAAAAGGUUAAGAAUGAGAAGAGAUCAGAUAUGAUAACACCACUCAAGAAUGAUAUUUUACAAUAUGAUCUUGAUGGGUUUGAUGACGAUGAAUUUACUGACGAGGAAGGUGCCAUGACUCCCGAGAGAGGAAAUGAUAUUGAGAGAAUUUCAAGUUCUCCCAUUACAUCCAAUAAAGAAAAUGUACCACCACAGGGAACGCAAUAUUCAUUCUCUAGCGAUGUAACACAUAUGCUCAAUUCCGUUUUUAAAUUGUCUUCAUUUAGACCCAAUCAGUUAGAGGCUGUGAAUGCUACUUUGAACGGGAAAGAUGUUUUCGUGUUAAUGCCCACUGGUGGGGGGAAAUCGUUAUGUUAUCAGUUACCAGCACUUGUAAAAUCUGGGCGAACCACGGGUACAACUCUUGUCAUUUCACCAUUGAUCUCGUUGAUGCAAGACCAAGUGCAACAUUUACUUAACAAAAAUAUCAAAGCUGGGAUGAUUAGUUCUAAAGGUUCUGCCAAUGAGAGGAAGGCAACGUUUGAAUUAUUUAGAAAUGGCUUUUUAGAUUUGGUUUAUCUUUCACCAGAAAUGGUAAAUCUACUGGAACAAGCACAACGAACGAUUGACUCGUUAUAUCAUCGGAAACAAUUGGCACGAGUGGUUGUAGAUGAGGCCCAUUGUGUUAGUUCCUGGGGUCAUGAUUUCAGACCUGAUUACAAAGGAUUAAGUUUAUUCAAACAAAAAUAUCCAGAUAUCCCUAUUAUGGCAUUAACAGCAACUGCCAAUGAAAAAGUUAGAAUGGAUAUCAUUCAUAAUCUUAAUAUGAAAGAUGCUAUUUUACUUAAACAAAGUUUUAAUAGAACUAAUUUGUUUUAUGAAGUCAGAUGGAAGGGACCUUCUUAUAUGGAUUGGAUCAAAAACUUCAUAUCAGUUAAACAUAAAAAUCAAUGUGGGGUUAUAUAUUGUCAUUCCAAGCAAUCAUGUGAACAAACUGCAGACAAAUUGCUACUGUGGGGUGUAAAAGCUGCAUUCUAUCAUGCUGGAAUGAAUCCAGAUGAUAGAUCAAAUAUUCAACAACUUUGGCAAAAGAAUAAAGUACAAGUGAUUUGUGCAACUAUUGCCUUUGGAAUGGGGAUUGAUAAACCUGAUGUAAGAUUUGUUUUGCAUUUGUAUAUCCCACGUACAUUGGAGGGAUAUUAUCAAGAAACUGGUAGAGCUGGUAGAGAUGGACAAUAUUCUGAAUGUGUGAUGUUUUAUUCGUAUGGGGAUGCAAGAUCUCUUCAAGGAAUGAUUAUGAGAGAUGAAGAUUUGAAAAAAGAUGGUAAAGAAAGUCAUUUAUCAAAGUUGAGACAAGUGGUUCAAUAUUGUGAGAAUACCACUGAUUGUCGUAGAAAGCAAGUUUUGCAAUAUUUCAAUGAACAGUUUGAUCCUCGUAAAUGUGAAAAGAAAUGUGAUAAUUGUCUUAAUUCAGAUAAUAUCAGUACUAUACAGAGAGAUGUUACUGAGUAUGCUAAAAACAUUUUAAAAUUAGUACAAGCAGUUCAAGACGAUCGUGUGACAGUGUUGCAUUGUCAGGAUGUUUUUAAGGGAUCUCAAGGAAGUAAGAUUGUAAAAUUAGGACAUCAUAUGAUCCCCUUCCAUGGUAAGGGAAGAGACUUGGAUAAAACAGACAUUGAACGAAUUUUCUUCCAUCUUUUAAGCGGUGAACAACUCGCUGAAUAUCAAAUUAUGAGAGCGGGGUUUGCAAGUAAUUAUGUUAAACUUGGGAACGGUGCACUGGCAGUAUUGAAUGGGAGUAAGAAAAUCUCUUUAGAAUUUAGUACUGAAAAAAGAGCUAAACCUAAAUCUACGACCCGAACAAAUUCUGCUCCAACAAGUACAGGUUCCAAUGGAUACAACUCUUCUGGUAGUGGUAACACGUUACCAUUACCAGUGGGAGGAGGGGUAAAUGCACGCUCGGCAGCUGGCUCUUCAUUCACUUCAGCAAGAAAUUUAGAAAGUUUUAGAAACCAAGCACAAAAUGAAUAUGGAAGUUCUAUACAUCAUCGUAUUCAAGGAACGGUAUCUACGCCAAUUGUUCUUGGGAAAAAUAAUUCACUUGAUGGAAGUCAUGAAAUGUAUCGAGAACACAUAGAACAUUCAUACAAUGAAUUAAAUAAUCUUCGAAUCCAAAAAAUGGCAGAAUUUAGUUUCAGAUCAAGUGCUCAAGUGUUUAGUGAUCAAACAUUAAGAGAAAUGGCAAUAAAACUUCCUACAAAUAAAAGAGAUUUUGCAAAAUUAAAUGGAAUUACUAAAGAUCAAUUGGGAAAUUUCACAUAUUUCAAAAAGUAUUUGGGAACUUUAUCUCGUGAACGGAAAACUCAAGCGAGUGACUUUGUAAAAGAAGUACCAGCAUCUUCAUCUUCUGUUAUAGCCACACAAAUAGAAUCUCCAUAUUUCAAUGCUUCACAAAAAGAUCAAGAAAUCUUGGCCCAACUUCGACUGAAUCAUUCACAAGCAGAUCUGGUUGCAGAAAGGGGAGACUACUCCAACUUCCAACAAAGAACUCAACAAUCUGGGGGCAAGAAAAGAAGAGGUCCUGGGAACUUUUCUCGUAGCCAACGACAAACACAAAACAAUCCAAAACGGCCUCCUCCUGAUAAAUCAAAAGCUUCCAAUGGAGGAGGUAAAAGUGCACAAAUUGCCAGAGCUAUGCCACUUUAG